GGAUGGGAAUGCAACUUCCUUUGGCUCCACAGCUGUUCCCAAGCACUUACUAAACAUCACAGCUCCCCUGGAAGGAUCCAUGAGAAAAGGUAACUCAGGAAACCGCUGCGGAUUCGGAGCUGAACCUCCAACCCUGCAGGAAAACAGCCAGCGCUAAACGUGCGCCUUUGGACUGGAGCUGCGCUCGGGAAGAGGCCAUGGCUGGGCAGCCGAGCUGCUGGAGAGCCGCGCUCCUGGUGCUGCUGUGUGCGGGCAGUGCCCGGGCCCAGCGGGACUGCACGGGCGCCGAGUGCCCGGCCCUGGAGAACUGCAUCGAGGAGGUGCUGGAGCCCGGCGGGUGCUGCGCCACGUGCCUGCAGCACGGCUGCACCUGCGAGGGCUACCAGUACUACGACUGCCUCAACGUGGGCUUCACCAACGGCAGGGUGCCCGAGGGACAGUCCUACUUCGUGGACUUCGGCAGCACCGAGUGCUCGUGCCCCAAGGGCGGCGGCAAGAUCAGCUGCCAGUUCAUGCUGUGCCCGGAGCUGCCCCCGAACUGCAUCGACGCCGUGGUGCCCGCGGACGGGUGCCCGCAGUGCGGCAGGAUCGGCUGCCUGCACGAGGGGCAGAAGUACGUGGCGGGGCACACCUUCCACAUGCCCCCCUGCAAGGUGUGCCACUGCCCCAACGCCGGCGGGGAGCUCAUGUGCUACCGGCUGCCCGACUGCGACACCCUCGCCCUGAACACGGCCAGCCCCGGGGACGCCGAGGACGGGGAGCCCGAGAGGCACUACGACGAUCCCUACAGCUACGACCAGGAGGCGGCCGAGGGGGACAACACCCAGCUGGAGUCCCCCAAAAAGUACCGGAGUUACUCAUCCCACCUGGAGCAGGACAGCCAGGAGCAGGGGGAGGACUAUGACUACCCGGCAGCCAGCGUGGCCCCGUCGGUGCCGGCCCCGGCCCGUCCUCCCCCCGAGGGGACGGUGCCCCCCAGCCCCGCCGUGCCCCAGGGCCCCGCCGAGGUGCGCGGUGCCACCGAGAGGGGCGAGAGGCGCAGGGUGCCCCGCACCACCGCGGCUUCCCUCCGGCAAGGCACGCACAGGGAGGCACCAGAAACCACCAGAGCUCCUGUGGAGCACACGACGGCCACCACUGAGACCCCCCAGCAGCACCCGGAGGAGCUGGAGAGGAGACCAAAGGGGAAGCAAGGGAACAAAGAGAGGCGUGAGCAAGAAAGAGCCCCCCACUCUAAAAUGAAAAAGCACGUCAGGAAAGAAGAGCCAGCAAACAGCAUGUACCAGGGCUUGACAGAGGGGAAUUUAACAGAGCCGAGCUGGGCAAAGUCUUCCCAUGAAACCCUCGAGGGAAACGAUUUCCCCAAGGUAAAGUUCAGUGCAACGACCUCCCCUCCUGUUGCUAUCCAGGAAGACCGCAGCCAGUCCUCCCCAAAGCAGUCCCAGACGCUGUAUCGGUACCACCCCGAGGAGGACGGGGACCCCAACUCCAUCCACGCCAACCCCAGGCUGCCAGAAGGUUCCACGAAGGAAUUGAUUGAGAGCUGCUGUGGAGCUGGACAACAGUGGGCCAUAGACAAUGGGGAGUGCACAGAAAUCCCUGUGAGUGGAAUGGAUGGUGACAUUUGCAGGAUUGCCCAGAAGCAGUGCUGUGUGUCCACGGUGCGGGAGAACAGCUGCCUGGCCGGGAUGGUCGCUGCCAAGGAGGGCGACACGUGCGGCCCCGAGGACGGUGACCCCUGCACGGGGUCAUCCUACAAGCAAUGCUGUGACUGCUGCAAUCUGGGCCUGAGACUGAGGAGUGAGGGCAAAACCUGCGAGUCCAACAUCAACCUGGGCUACCCCUGCAGCCAUGUGAUGCUGUCCUGCUGUGAGGGGGGGGACCACUUCAUCCAUCCAGAAAUCAAAAGGCAUCCUGAGCCUCUGCCAACAGUGACACCUGAGAAGGUUUCAGAGAGGGAAGAUCACAAUGAAGCUCUGUCCAUCAGCAGUGAAGCUGAACUGUCAAACAGCCUGCCUGGAGAUGACCUGGAUGAGUGUCUCCUCUAUGGUGGGGAGCUCUGCCAGCAUUUGUGCAUCAACACCGUGGGCUCCUACAAGUGCUCGUGUUUCCCAGAUUUCACCUUGCAGGAUGAUGGGACCAGCUGCUCUCCAGAUCCUGACAGGGCACAGGUGACAAGGCUGGAAGCUGAAGCCACCAUCCCUCCAGUAGCCUCUCCCUCUCAGCCCAUUCUGGUGGUGUCCUUGCAGGAGGAGCAGGACCAGUGUAAAGAUAACGGGCCCUGCAAGCACCUCUGCAACGUGGUGGAAGGAGAGGCCGUGUGCUCCUGCCUGGCUGGGUACACCCUCAUGGCUGAUGGGGUGUCCUGUGAAGAUUUGGAUGAGUGCCUCACAGGUGCUUGUUCCAGCGGACAAUUAUGUGAGAACACACUGGGAUCAUUCUCCUGUGUCAGCCACAGUGGGAUGUGUGCAGAGGGCUUUAUUCUCAACAGGCAUAGGAAAUGUGUUGACAUUAAUGAGUGUGUGACAGAGAGACACACCUGCCAGCGCAGAGAGCACUGCGUCAACACCAUGGGCUCCUUCAGGUGCCUGCAGGAGCUGACCUGCCAGCCAGGCUAUGAGCUCAAGGAUGGGGACUGUGUUGAUAUUGAUGAGUGUGAGAGAGGAACUCACAGCUGCAAAGUCAACUUUGUUUGUCAGAACACGGAAGGGUCCUUCUACUGUGAGUCAAAGCAGCGCUGCAUGGAUGGGUUUCUGCAAGAUCCUGAGGGAAACUGUGUUGAUAUUAAUGAAUGCACGUCCCUCCCUGAGCCCUGUAAACCAGGAUUCAACUGCAUCAACACAGUUGGGUCUUACACCUGCCAGAGGAACAUGCUGAGCUGCAGCAGAGGAUACCACUCCAACGAGGAGGGCACCCGCUGCGUCGAUGUGGAUGAGUGUCAGACUGGUGUGCACCGCUGUGGGGAGGGGCAGAUCUGCCACAACCUCCCCGGGGCUUAUCGCUGUGACUGCAGGAUGGGCUUUCAGUACGACGCCUUCAGCAGGAGCUGCAUCGAUAUAAAUGAGUGCUGGAACUACCCGGGGCGCCUGUGCCAGCACACGUGUGAGAACACCCCUGGCUCCUACCACUGCACUUGCUCCUCUGGGUUCCGCUUGUCCUACGAUGGCAAACAUUGUGAAGAUGUGAAUGAAUGUGAUAACAGUCCCUGCAGCCAGGAGUGUGCCAACGUUUAUGGCUCCUACCAGUGCUACUGCAGGCAAGGUUUCCAGCUGGCAGAAGAUGGGCACUCCUGUAAAGACAUUGAUGAGUGCACACAGAGUGCAGGCAUCCUCUGCACCUUCCGCUGCGUGAACGUUCCUGGCAGCUACCAGUGUGCUUGUCCUGAGCAGGGAUACACCAUGGCAGCCAAUGGAAGGACCUGUCGAGAUAUUGAUGAGUGUGCAAUAGGAACCCAUAACUGCUCAACUACAGAGACCUGCUACAACAUCCAGGGCAGCUUCCGCUGCCUGUCCUUCGAGUGCCCUUCCAACUACAGAAAAGUGUCUGACAUGAGGUGUGAACGCAUCAGCUGCUUUAACUACCUGGACUGCCAGAACACCCCGGUGAGAAUCACCUACUACCAGCUCAACUUCCAGACCAACAUCGUGGUCCCAGCCCACAUUUUCCGGAUCGGCCCCUCCCCUGCCUACGCCGGGGACAACAUCAUCCUCACCAUCACCCAGGGCAACGAGGAGGGCUACUUCAGCACCCGCAGGCUCAACUCCUACACCGGCAUCGUGUACCUGCAGCGCCAAGUCAAGGAGCCCAAAGACUUCCUGUUGGACGUGGAGAUGAAACUGUGGCGCCAGGGAACAUACACCACUUUUCUUGCCAAAAUUUACAUCUUCAUCACGGCUCAUGCGUACUGAGGCCUGUGCUGACGUGGGAUUUGAUUGGUGCUAUGCUCUUUACCUGUUCUACCAAAGCUUAAUACUGUUGAACUGGCAUUUAAUGUAUCUAGCCUUUAUAUUAUUUUUCUAUCAUUGCUUUAAACUUUUUUAUUGGUUGUGUAAAUUAAGUUAAUUUUUAUCUUUUGAUGUUUUGUUUCCUUAUGCAGUUCUGUGCAUCAUCAUUUGCCAGCCAACGAAGGAAGGGUUGGAAGGCAGCACAUGCCUUGUGCUGAAUGCUGGAACCUUUUCCUAGCCAUUGUUUUUAGGUGUAGUCGCCUCUGCAGGGUAUUGCACUAGAGAGGGAAGAUGUUCACGUGGGAGCAUUGGGGAAAAAAGCUUUGAGGGCUUUCUCUUGCUGACACAAAGUCGUGGCUUGGCUCAGCCAGAGCCUUCCCUGGGGCUGAGAUGCUGUGUCGGGGCCGUACGUGGACACUGAUGGUCAACCCACCUCCUGGGAUUAUUCUCUUCCUUCCAACUUUCAUAAUAUGUUGCCUUAAAAUAUAUAUAAAUAAAAGAAAACUCCUCCAGUGAAAAA